AGCAAAUGUGCACAGCUUGUAAAUCAGGGAGCCGGGUCAAAGCGUCCUGGAAUUCUGAAGAGAACCCGCAGCUGUGAACUGCUUGCUUUAACAGAUGUCAGCCAUGAACUCCUUUGUAUUGGAUAGGAUUGAUGGAACAAAUACAGAACCCAUCAAGGACACAGCGGAUGCCACUCAAGUCACUCCUGAUUCAGAGCUUCAUCCUUCAAUUGCCACCAGUACGGCCUGCUUGUCUUCCCAGCAGGGGAAGUUUCCUCUCCACCCUGCCUCCUGUAGCAAUGGCUGUGGGGUUCCCCCUCAGGCUUCUGUGAGGCAACAGCAACCCCAGGCCUCAAAGAAGCAUCGCAUCAGCUCCACUUCCUCCGUCUGCACCAGCAGCAGUAAGAAGAGCUGCAAGUCAACAGCCUCUCAGAUUCAGGAGGUAGCCGGGGAUGACUCUUGUGCUCUCUGUGCCCUGGCCUGUCUCUUUUGUGAGUUCAUGACUUUUUGCUCCCUCCUCCUGGAAUGUGGAACCUGCAGGGGCUGCCUAGAGGUUUGCUGCAGUGGUGAAAGAGGGGAGCCACUCUCUGAAGGCUGCUGUGGCGACGCAGGUGUUGGGAAUUGCCCCUAUGGGCUGGGCUGCGGGAUGCUGCAAGACUGCUGUGGUUCCUCGGACUGUCUUGAGAUCUGCCUGGAAUGCUGUUCCAUCUGUUUUCCAGCCUAGUUGCCACAUGCCCAUCCAACGUAUGCAUGCCAGAAAGGUGCCCAUGUGCCCUUCCAAGAAUUCCUUCCCUGGCUUCAGAGUGAAAAGGUGGAUGCUCUGAACUUUUUUUGCUACUGGCCUCCUAUGUUGUGAUGCCAAUGAAGUAUCUCCCCAUUUUUGAAAACAUCAUACUACAAUUGGGCACCAACUAGAUGGCAGCAAAGAGGAUACAAAUACUUCUGACAAGUACCAUCUAGUGGUUAUUUGGAUCUUAGUAAGGCAAAAGUUCUUUGUAAAGCAAAAGAUUGUAACUGUUGGAAUACCUCACCUCCCCACCCGCCCCAUUGACCACACACAUAAGGGAUGGAUGUUAUUGUUCAGACAAAUGAAGCACAUUUAAAACAGUUUUAUUCUGGUAUAGUCAGGUCAUCAUCAAAAGUAUACAUUUAUGCUAUGGACAUGUUAAAAUUCUUCUUGAAUCCUGAAAUAUUGUCAAAUCCAGUUUCUUUUCUUUUGACGGAUGUGCAUAGCGCUAUUGGUGAUAUCUUUUCCACGAUGCUUGCAGGGAUGUCCCUAUAAGACAGUUGUGGCGAACCUAUGGCAUGUGUGCCAAAGGCGGCACUCAGAGCCCUCUCUGUGGGCAUGCAUGC